GCGGGCGCGCGCGGGGCUGUCUCCAUCCCCACGUGACAUGGAGGCGGGGACGGGAAGGGAAAGGUCAGUGGCGACGCCGGCGGAGGGGGAGCGGAAGGUCAGGGCGCCGCGGAGCGGAAGUGGGAGCCGGAGCCCGUCCGCCAUUGUGGGGAAGCGGAGCCCGGAGCAGGGGGGGGAAGCGGCGCUGCGUCCGUCCGUCCGGCUUCUUCCAGCGGGACCCCGAUCGGCGGCGGCGGCGAGCCCAGGCGGCGGCGACAAUCAGGCGGCGGGGAGGAGGCGGAGGCGAGUGGCGCGGCGGGCGAGCGAGCGGUCCCUGUGUGCGGAAUCACUCGAGGCCCAGGCGGAGCGGAGGGAGAGGAUCGCGGCUCCCCGUGAAGAAUGUCAGCCACCAGCGUCGACCAGAGACCUAAAGGACAGGCGAAUAAAGUUUCAGUACAAAACGGUUCGAUUCAUCAAAAGGAUGCAGUAAAUGAUGAUGAUUUUGAGCCAUAUCUAAGUAGUCAGACAAAUCAGAGUAACAGCUAUCCACCAAUGUCAGACCCAUACAUGCCUAGUUAUUAUGCUCCAUCCAUUGGAUUUCCGUACUCUUUAGGUGAAGCAGCAUGGUCAACUGCAGGUGACCCUCCAAUGCCAUACUUGACAACUUAUGGACAGAUGAGUAAUGGUGAACACCAUUACAUACCUGAUGGUGUAUUUAGUCAACCUGGGGCAUUAGGAAAUACCCCUCCAUUUCUUGGGCAGCAUGGAUUUAAUUUUUUUCCUGGGAAUGCAGACUUCUCUACGUGGGGGACAAGUGGAUCUCAGGGACAAUCAACACAAAGCUCUGCUUACAGCAGCAGCUAUGGCUAUCCACCUAGUUCUCUUGGGAGAGCCAUAGCAGAUGGACAGGCUGGAUUUGGCAGUGAUACUCUGAGCAAGGUGCCUGGGAUUAGCAGCAUUGAGCAAGGCAUGACUGGACUGAAAAUUGGUGGAGAUAUGACAGCUGCUGUAACAAAAACUGUAGGUUCAGCUCUGAGCAGUACAGGUAUGACAAGCAUUGCAGCAAACAGCGUGCCUGCAGUUAGCAGUUCAGCACCCAAACCAACCUCAUGGGCUGCCAUUGCAAGGAAGCCUGCUAAACCUCAGCCGAAACUCAAGCCUAAAGGUAACGUGGGUAUUGGGGGCCCUGCUGUACCACCACCACCUAUAAAACACAACAUGAACAUUGGAACUUGGGAUGACAAAGGGUCAGUGGUAAAAGCACCCCCAGCCCAACCAGUACUGCCUCCUCAGACUAUAAUCCAGCAGCCUCAGCCAUUAAUUCAACCACCACCACUGGUGCAAAGCCAACUGCCUCAACAGCAGCCUCAGCCACAGCAACCACAGCAGCAACAAGGACCUCAGCAGCAGGCCCAGCCUCACCAGUUGCAGCAGCAACAGCUGCAAAACCGCUGGGUAGCUCCUCGUAACAGGGGUGUGGGCUUCAGCCAGAACAAUGGAGCUGGUAGUGAAAACUUUGGUUUAGGUGUUGUAUCCGUCAGCUCCUCACCUUCUGGUGUGGAAGUGCACCCAGUGCUGGAGAAACUAAAGGCCAUAAACAACUACAAUCCCAAAGACUUCGAUUGGAAUCUGAAGAAUGGACGUGUGUUUAUAAUCAAAAGCUAUUCAGAGGACGAUAUUCAUCGCUCCAUUAAGUACUCUAUCUGGUGUAGUACUGAACAUGGUAAUAAACGCUUGGAUGCUGCUUACCGUUCACUGAAUGGAAAAGGCCCACUCUAUUUACUCUUCAGUGUGAAUGGCAGUGGACACUUUUGUGGAGUGGCUGAGAUGAAGUCUGUUGUGGACUACAAUGCAUAUGCUGGAGUCUGGUCUCAGGAUAAGUGGAAGGGGAAGUUUGAUGUUAAAUGGAUCUUUGUCAAAGACGUUCCCAAUAACCAACUGCGGCAUAUUCGCUUGGAAAACAAUGACAACAAACCGGUUACCAAUUCGAGGGACACUCAAGAGGUACCCCUAGAAAAAGCCAAGCAAGUGCUUAAAAUAAUUGCUACUUUCAAGCAUACCACCUCAAUCUUUGAUGACUUUGCACAUUAUGAAAAGCGUCAAGAGGAGGAGGAAGCCAUGCGUAGGGAGAGAAAUAGAAACAAACAAUAACUAUAUGGAGAUGUCCUGCUAGAAUUACAACACUAAUGAUGUAGACUCUGGAAAUGCCUAAUAUGUCUAAGAAGACGUUAUUAAAGCUUUUUUCUGCUUAAGGUGACAUCUUUGAACACUUUAACACAAAAUUGACUCUUCUUGUAAUGGUUCUCAUCAGUGCAUCUGCCCUUAUACUCUCUCACCAAACACACUUGAGAACUGUACCUUCGUCAAGCACUUUCUGUCCUGAAGCUUUUACCAGUAUCUGCUGUCUUUUGUAUUUAUGCAUCCUAGCUAAGGCACGGGAGACCGAACGAAUGCAAGGAUUCAUUAACUCUUUGAAUUUGUUAAAUACUAACAAUUAACCAUUAGAAGUGGUUCGAUGAUGUGAGAUUCACAUUGCUUCAACUUAUUUUUUUUCUUUGUUGUAGUUUUUUUUAAUUGUCAGUUUUUAGCUAUUCAACAGAUUAAAAGCAAAUCAUGCCAUAUUUAGUCCUGGAGUAAAACUCAAGUCUAAAUGUUCAUGUGAAAAUUAUUGUAGUAAUCUUUUAAUAUGGCAAAGCAACUUUAAGCUGCAGUUUAGCCAAAUGAAACGUAACAUGAAAUUAUAUUAGAAUGACAUUUCCCUUGUUUCAAACUGUUUGGUGUAAGAGAAUAUUAAUAUGCAGCUUGGUGGAUACCACCAGUUAAUGCACAUUUCUUUAUUUUUUUUUUCCUGUAACAUGUAUACUGAAAAAAGUGCAUUUGUCUGAGGAACUGUUUGUUUGCUACCACUCAAUGAAUCUCAGUUUUGAGUAAAUGUACCUCAGUCUAAAUCAGACUUUUUAUGACCUUUAUAACUACAUUUAAAAUAAUCUUUAAUUCUUAUUUCUGGGUGUUUGCAAGCCUGACAAGAUUGCUAUCAUGGAAGUGAAAAUUUACUCCUCUAGGUGAUUCACUAGCUAAAUAAACAUAAUUCUUGUUUAGCAAGCAUA